AUGUACGAUAAGACAAAUACAACUAAAAACUACAAUGUACUUUUGAAGGACUCGUCUUUGAUAUCAGAAAAUCUGCCAUCUUCAGCUGAUAUCAACUUCGUCAGUUCAAAUAAGUCAAAUUAUCUGCGUUCCAAUAUUGAAGUCCUGCCAAUCAAAUAUGUCUCACAGAACACGUCGCUAGACAUCAAUGAUGACUUGAAUCUCCCCAUAGUUUUUGAUGCUCAGGGAAAUUUUGAGUGUUGUCUUUCAAACCGGUGGCAAGUAGAUCAUGUAAGUUCCAGCCAAUGGGUUUUUGAAGAUACAGACACUGGAGAAUCCGAUAUUUACAAAAAUGUUUUGCUGUCGGGAAGCAGAUCUCAACUAGUCGUUGAACAAGAAGAUUCAGGCGAUCAUGAGCAUAACCUCAGUGCUAAAAAUGACCUAAAAUAUGUGGAGAGAUUAGUUUCUGUGUUUGUUACAAGAUCUUCAAUGCUCUCUGAAACCAAAAAGAUAUAA